AGCUCGAAAUAAGAAGGAAUUUGUUUAGAGAAUUCGCGUAUUUGAAAAAAAGAGUUUGCGAUGAUGAUGAUUCGUAUACUCUUGAACUAGAACGCGAGGGGCCGAAUAAGAAACGAAAUAAGUACGAAUGCGUGAAUUGCAACAAGGUUUUUACGUCGUUUCAAGGGCUUGGCGGGCAUAGACCGUGUCACAAAAAGAACAAUACGGUCGGGUCAAAACACGACAGUGGCGAAAACAGUUUAGAAGGUGACUUUGCACAUACUCGAAAGGCGAAGUACGAUAAGAAAACGAAGGUGAAAAAGAUCAAAGGGCACGAAUGCCCGAUUUGUUUCAGGAUGUUUAAAUCGGGGCAAGCUUUAGGUGGUCACAAACGGUCUCAUUUUAUUAACGGGUCGAUGGAUCAUUAUGCGGCCAUGGGUCACGCGGCUCCAUCGUGUUCGGAUAUGAUUGAUCUCAAUCUUGCUGCUCCAGAAGAGGACCAGGAUUGAAUGGUCAACGACUCAACGAUUGAGUGGUCAACUGGACAGGAAGAUUACAACAGAUUGAGACCUCUGAGUUAUCGCGGUGCAGAUGUUUUUAUACUCGCGUUUUCACUAAUUAGCAAGGCCAGCUAUGAAGAUAUCUCUAAAAAGUGGAUUCCUGAAUUGAGGCAUUACGCACCCGGAGUUCCAAUAAUCCUUGUUGGAACAAAGCUAGAUCUUCAUGAUGAUAAGCAGUUUUUAACGGACCAUCCCGGUGCAGUUCCAAUUACAACGGCUCAAGGAGAGGAGUUGAGGAAGCUAAUCGGUGCUCCUGCUUACAUUGAGUGUAGCUCAAAAACACAGCAGAAUGUGAAGGUUGUUUUGGAUGCAGCCAUUAGUGUGGUUCUGCAGCCACCAAAGCAAAAGAAGAAAAAGAAGCGAAAGGGUCAAAAGGGGUGCUCCAUAUUGUGA